AUGGUUACCGUCAUCAUCAUGUUGUUUACAAGCUUAAAUAUGAGAAUGUACGUGAACGGCUCAGCUCAGUGCCGGGCCUGUGGAAAUAACUAUGUUAUUCACGGUAACAGCUGUGAAGUGGAGAUAAGUGGUGUAGCCAAUCAGAUUCUAGAUGAGCUAGUCCGACCAUUUCAAAUAAUUCAGAUUGAUGACAAUGAAUAUGCUUGCUUGAAGGUAAUUGUAUUUUUUGAUCCAGAUGCAAAAGGGCUAAGUGACCCAAUAAACAUUAAGAACAUGCGGUUCCAAGUUCAGGUCAGUUUGGAGGACUACAUCAGUGACCGGCAGUACGACUUCCACGGGAGGUUUGGAGAGCUGCUUCUGCUGCUGCCCAUACUCCAGAGCAUCACUUGGCAAAUGAUUGAGCAAAUACAAUUCGUAAAACUUUUCGGGAUGGUUAAAAUUGACAACCUACUUCAGGAAAUGUUAUUGGGUGGUGCUUCCAAUGAUGCUAGUCAUCUCCAUUAUCCAAUGCACCCACAUUUGUCUCAACAUCCAUUGACUGGGCAAACUAUAAGCUCCAUGUCAACAUUGGUUCAUCCAGACCAAAGCUCCACUCCGGAAACCCCACUCCCUUCCCCACCACAAGGCUCUGGACAAGAACAGUACGAAAUAACUACAAACCAAGCUUCGGUCAUUUCACACCAAUCUCUCCCCAAACAAAAGCAAUUGUGA